GUCCUGAUGCAUUGUUCGAAUCAAGAGCAUAUCUUGCCUACGUGAGGUUUGAGGAAAGUUUACCUUUAACUUUUGAUGAAAGGAUUAAAUCAUGACACGCAGCAAACAAUAUCUCUGUUUAUACAGACCCCUGAUAAUACAAUGCUUGCUUACUAGUUCUUGUUUAAGUCAACUUACCAAGAGGCUUAACCCCUUCAUUGACUCUUUCUCUAUGCUGUAGGUUUUAAUGUUAAAUUAAAUGAAGUAGUUUCUCCUAAUCCAGCUCUAAGUCACGAAAAAAAACCUUUUGUCAUUCAAACACUUUGAGGUCUGUCUUGUCCAUCUCAAACCAAAAUCCCUCCUAAUUACAACCUUGGGAUCUAAAUACCUCAAAGACGGUUUUUUUUCUUUUUUCAUCAAAAAUUCUCUUUGGUGGUCUGAUUUAGGUAAUAACAUUUUCUUUUAUUUGCAUUGAUAGCGCUUAUCCAAUCGCAAUCGGUUUAUGCUUCUUGACAGCAAAAGGUCAGGGCACGAAAUUUCUUAUCCAAAUUGGUUAAUGACGCGACAAAACUCAGAAACUAAAUUUAGACGAGGUAAAAGACGCACAAAAAGGUUACAUGGGCCAUGCCAACAAAUAGUCUCAGACACUCAAUCGCAUUUGCAUCAAUCCUGCACGCAAUCGAAGUUUUAUACUUUUUUCUACUUCCUCGAGCGGAAUGAAGUCUCUUCACUUCCUUUUGCUCUUUGCCUUGGUUGAAACCUCCCCUGUUCCUGAAUUAACAUCGGUGAGUUAACGUAAGCGCAUUGUCACAUAAAACAGUCUCGUUACUCACUCAUACGUACGUGUUCAUGUUGUCAAUGGAUAGACGCCGUGGCCUCAUUAGCAGCUGACCCGGCUCUGCACGAUUCAGUUGCAGUGAGCAGUUUGGCGAUUUGAAGCUUAGACAGGGUUCCUAACGUAUGUUAUCACUGGAAGAAUAUUUUAAAACUUCAAUGGACUGCGUAGCUUCGAAAGCUCAUGUUGCACAAAGGAGCUAGAUUGAGGAACAAGCGAUUUUUUCUUUUCCUUUCUGUUUGUUUGUCAUUUUUGUUGUUGUUAUUGUUGUUCUGCGUUUUAAGGCGAGUGGGGCAAUAUUCCGGGAACGCAUCAGGCGUAAAUCACGUGCUGGAAAAAAAACGAAACAUACGCAUUAAAAUGAGAAAGGUUCUUCUACUCGUGUUUCACUGAAACGCAAGUAGAACUUCCUGUUUUUCUAACGUUUGCCUCUGCGUGACUUCAAAACGUGCCAGCGGAGCUAAGAAUGCAGUGCGCAGCGAGAAGAAUAGGCAGGACUUUUACCCAUGGGAAAUGAUCUGUGCGACCGUUACAUCACGUACCUUCGCUUUCGCUGAAAUCGUUCAAAACUGAUUCAAUAUUACCUUCGGCCGACCAAGCUAAUAAAAUCUUGAACUAUACGCUAAAUGAGCCCUCUUUAAUAGCGCUUUGGAGAGGGCAUUUCUUCGGCCGCGAAUAAUUUUGAGGCUUUCAGAAGUGCUAGCUGGCGUGAGGUCAGCAAGCGGACUUGCACCGAUCAUUAUUAGUCGCCAACAGAUUAAUCGUUCCACAUACGAGGGCUUUUUUGCAUACGUUUGAAACAAUCCUAUUGGUCUCUCGCAUGCAAUAAUAUAGCCAAAAAGUUUUGAAGUAUUGAUUACUGAUCGAGAAAACCUCUAAAGAAAACAUUUCGCAUUACUUUUUGUUUUAUUUUACACAGCCGCUCCUUCCCAAAUCUUGCCUGGAUUAUUUACAACAAGGGAUGACUCAGAAUGGUUUCUAUGUCCUAGUUGAUAACCAAGGCCAUCCAUACAUGACUUACUGUGAUCUGUCAUACGAGCCGGGCUCCGCGUGGACCCUAGUAAUGUCUUGGCAGACUGCGAAAUUCCGGGAUUUGCCUUAUUUCAAAACCAAACUGUUCACAGAAGAUGCUCCAAUCAACGCAGGUAGUCCAAACUGGUUUAUUUACCGCGAGACACUUGCAAGAAUGAAAUCCAUCCGUAGUCAAUCCACGCACUGGCGAGCAACGUGCAAUAUCAACAACCUACAAGCAAUUGAUUUCGAAGAUUACCUUCGGGGAAAGCUCAAAGACUUGGAUAUCUUAACGUGGCAGGGUGGGCGAACUUGUUUUUCCAUAGACUAUGUGAACAUUCGCGGAAAAGCUGCGGGCACUGGCACUACCAUGGCAUUCUGGCAGGUUCCUAAUAAGUAUAUUCUCCACACAGACAGCACAAAUACCGGAUGUGAAUUUUAUUAUGAAGCGAAUCCAAUUGUGGACUUUUUCGGUUUCUACGGAGAUGGACUUAGCCCUAAAUUCCGCUGCAGUGCAGAGCCUGAGGCCACAACUCAAUGGUGGUUUGGUGGUUAUCUCUCAAAAGAGCGAUUUUUUCAAAACAGUUCUCAACCAGUAGGCGCAUAA